UUGAACAAACUCAUUUUCAGGUACUCGCUUCAUCCCGUAACAAUUUCAUAAUUGCCCUGGCAGUUAGCAGAAUGGGUAAAGUUACACCAUAAGUGGGGAAACAAUUGUUUUUUCUUAAAUCGACAAGAAUACCAUGGGGAUGCUAAAAGUAUUUGAUUUAGUGUCCAGGGCAUAAGAUUAAUCGUCUUGUAGUAAGAACUAGCUUUUUUCUUGAAGGAUGACCAUUAAAAGUACAUGUAAAAUGUUACUGGCACUGGGACCUGAUUCCAGAAGUGUUUAUGAAGGCUAUUUUGAGAAACCCUUCCUUGACGAGUCUGCAGAAUUCUUCAAAUUGAAAAGUGAAAUUUUACUUGCAGAAAGCAGUGCAUCAGUGUUUCUUCAGAAGGUUGAGACUACGAUGCGGGAGGAGGCAGAACGCGCGCGACAUUUGCUGGAUCCCAGUACAGAGGAGGACAUUGUAAAGAUUGUCGUGGAGGAGCUGCUUUACAAACACAUGAAGACAGUGAUUGAAAUGGAAAAUUCUGGUGUUAAUCAUAUGCUUAAACACAACAAAAUAGAAGAUCUUUUAAGAUUGUUCCGCCUCUUUAAGAGAGUGCAAGGAAAAAAUAAUGAUGUCUUAAUAGACUGGUUGAAAAUGGUACACGACUGUAUGAGGCGAUACCUUCCGGACGAGGUGAUGGAAAUGGAACAUUGUGAAGAUCCCACCACCUACUUUGAGGAAUAUGAGCAAGUUCUCAAUCUCAUUGCAGAAAACAAAGGUAAGUACUCGAUUGAUUGACUGACAGACGGACGGACUGACGGACAGGCUGACGGACUGACGGAAUAACUGAUUUAAUAUGUAAUCAAUUUUGCUCUCAUGAUUAAGUUUAAAGUGAUGCUGCUUGUGAGGCUGUGUUGGUAGAUGUAGGUUAAAGAAGUAAAAAUAACAAUACUAUAAAACACCAGAUCAACUAUUGCUAGUACCACUUUACCAGAUCUCCACCGGCUAGCGUCGCCUUUACUAAGUGAAAUACGGUAGCUACCAGGUGACUUACCUUAUCAGCUGCAAGUUAAAGGUAAACUUUAAACCUCAUGGUAGUUUAGUUAUCCGGAAUUGGCGUAUGUGCAUGAAUGGAGUCUUUCAAAGCAAUAUUAUCUACCAAAAUGUAUUAUAACAUAGAGCGCGCGCUGGUCCUACCUAAUUCCUAUCGAGCCAUCAUGGUAAAAAUCUCUCUAUACGCAUGGCCGAGCGUAAAUAACAUGAUGUGUGCGGUUUAAUUGUUGUUGCAAAGUUUCUGUCGAGCUUAGCUGCGAGUUCCUUUUGCUAAAGUUUCGGCAAUAUGAACAUUCUGAACAAUCCAAAGUCUACUUCGAGCGUUCGACUUUUACCAAGCUAAGAUGUUUUCUAAAACUUGAUUAUUUUGACUUUGUUUGUCUUCAUUUCCAUUGAGUAUUUUUAAUUUGUUUGCCUACAUUUUCGGAGAAGCUGUCAUGAAGUUUUAGUGACAAUUUUAGAAGCCAGAUGAAACGUUCUCGCUCAACCAUCGCUCAAGUGAUUGUGGCGUGUUUUGACAAGCCAACAGGAACCUUUGCUUUCCCUUACCAUACAUUGUGGGAACUUUGUAGUCGAUUACCAGUAAAACAUCUUUUAACGCCCAAGCUGUCGUCGCUAUGUGCAUAUGUCGAGUUAUGGAUGCACUUGGGAAGUUUGGAGAGCACUCAAGAAACGCACGGUUCUCUCGUGUCCUCCAGAUUUCCCGUAUGCAUCCAUAAUUCGAUAUACUCACGCCAAGCAUGAACGAGUUGCUUUUUUUUUGAUUACCAAACUUGGGGUCAUAAGACCAUAAGCUUACAGGCCUAUUUUUUCAUGUUUUAAAUGUCAUUUGAAGUUUCUCAAGGUUAUGUUCGACGAUACAAUCAUUGAGUUAAGGUGCUUGCGUCAAGACGUUUGUAGGCAACUAAAUUAACUAAAUUGUUAUGGAGGCACAGCUAAGAGCAAGUUUAGCUUCUUGUUUUGCUCUCCGAUCUUCCCAAGUGCAUAUUAAACUUGGCAAUGCACAGCUAAAAGCAUAAAUAAUGUAAACCUAGUAAAUAGCCUAGCCCAUAAGAGAAAAAAAUAAAUAAUAAUAAUUUACUUUAUUUAAGUGUCAAAUUUAUUUAGCGCUCUCGCACAAACUGGGGACACUUUCCAAGCUAGAAUUGGAAUUUGGAAAUGUACUAGACUGGUAUAUGAGAGGUCAUGGGUGUAACGUGAAAUAACUUUGAUUGAAUUCAUCGAAGACAUCUUGAUAGCAGCCAAGAUUGGAUGCAACUGCCACAGGCAUAAAUUACAGACGACUUAAGUAUGUACAAUUGGAUACAUACCACGCAGAGUAUUCGCACGCACCGAAUUAACUAUGCUAAUAAAUAUCGACACAUCUUUCCCCGUUAACAAAAAAAAAAAAAGUAAAAUAAGAUAAAUAAAUAAAUAAUUCUGCUCAAAGUCAUUCAGAUUUCACUGUGGCAAUGUCUAAGUCACACGGUAACCUGUGUUGGGGUCUCAAAUGGAAUAAAUCUCCCUAAAUGUAAUAAAGAUCCUAAAUGCGAUAAAAUUUGGCCCUAAAUGUAAUAAAGGUCCUAAAUGUAAUACAGUUUGGUCCUAAAUGUAGUAAAGGUCUUAACGUCAUUCUGCUGAAAUAGAACCUGCGCUGAGAUUUUUGUGAAACUUUGCCU